AUGCCCUUUUCGCCGUUCGACAUCGGGUCGUUUUCGAAAGAAAAAAAGGAGACCAUCCUCUGGCGGUUCUGCGAACUUUUGACCGACAAGGGCUCGGACUUCACCAUCCGCGAGGGUAAUGGCAAUGCUGCGGACCAUGUGGUGCCCGGCAUCUGCCAGCUGUGGGACUACCCCGGAUACUGGGCGACGUUCUUCCAGAAUUAUCCGAUCGUCUUUGCACUCCACUUCGACUACAACGGUUGUUCUUCCCCAACCGACAAGCAUAGGAACGGGAUCCACAUGCCGGACUAUGGUACCGACGAUUGCUAUCACAACUUCGAGCAAGUGCUUGUUGAGAAUUGUCUGUUCACAAUCAACGCGGUGAAUGAGAUGAAAAUCGGGGCCUAUCCCAUAGUCGGCGGGAUGCUAUUCAAGGACUGUAUGCGCUGGACAGUCAUGGCGCCGAGAAGCGACCUGGGCCCGCAAUAUUAG